CGUCAGACCAGACAUUGGAUAAUGGACAACAACAUGACAGAUCCAGCCCGCAAGUCUGUUUGCAACCAAUAUGGUGUAGUCUGAAAAAGUGGAUACAGUAGCGCACCGCCGUAUACCUGCAUUUUUAUCCUCAUGAAGGCUCCGUCCUGGCUGAGUUUGGGAGAUGGAGAGUACUCACCAUUGCAGACCAGCCUCCUCUGGUCCAGGCCAUCUUCAAUCGUAAUGCUGAAGAAGUCCAACUAUUAUUGCACAGUAAGGAGGAUGUCAAUGCACUGGACCAAGAGCGCCGUACGCCGCUUCAUGCUGCUGCCUGUGUGGGAGACGUCCACAUAAUGGACCUCCUCAUUGAGUCAGGUGCCAGUGUCAAUGCUAAAGACCAUGUGUGGUUGACCCCAUUGCACAGGGCGGCUGCUUCCCGGAAUGAAAGGGCAGUGGGUCUGCUGCUGCGGCGUGGAGCAGAGGCGAAUGCACGAGACAAGUUCUGGCAGACACCACUGCACGUGGCUGCUGCCAACCGUGCCACACGCUGCGCAGAGGCCCUGCUAACCCAGCUGAGCAACCUGAACAUGGCAGAUCGCACCGGCAGAACUGCCCUGCACCAUGCUGCUCAGAGUGGGUUCCAGGAGAUGGUGAAGUUGCUGCUGAACAAAGGGGCCAACCUGAGUGCCAUCGAUAAGAAGGAGAGACAGCCUAUUCAUUGUGCAGCCUACUUGGGACAUGUGGAGGUAGUGAAGUUGCUGGUGUCGCGCAGUGCCGACAAGAGCUGCAAAGAUAAGCAGGGCUACACGCCUCUCCAUGCAGCUGCUGCAAGUGGCCACAUCGAAAUUGUGAAGUACCUGCUGAGGCUGGGGGCAGAGAUCGAUGAGCCCAAUGGCUUUGGGAACACGGCGCUCCACGUGGCGUGUUACAUGGGGCAGGAGGCUGUGGCCACUGAACUGGUGAACCACGGGGCUAAUGUGAACCAGCCCAACAAGAGUGGCUACACCCCUCUGCACCUGGCCGCCGUCUCCACCAACGGUGCCCUCUGCCUGGAGCUGCUGGUCAACAAUGGGGCAGAUGUCAACCAGCAGAGUAAAGAAGGGAAGAGCCCCCUGCACAUGGCAGCCAUUCAUGGACGCUUCACACGCUCUCAGAUCCUCAUCCAAAAUGGUGGGGAGAUUGAUUGUGUGGAUAAGUAUGGCAAUACCCCUCUCCACGUUGCUGCUAAGUACGGCCAUGAACUGCUGAUCAGCACUCUGAUGACCAACGGAGCAGACACGGCCAGACGUGGGAUCCACGGAAUGUUCCCCUUGCACUUAGCUGUGCUCUACGGGUUUUCAGACUGUUGUCGCAAGUUACUCUCCUCAGGUCAGCUAUAUAGUAUAGUUUCAUCUAUGAGUAAGGAGCAUGUACUAUCGGCUGGGUUUGACAUAAACACCCCUGACAACUUUGGGAGGACCUGUCUACACGCUGCUGCCUCUGGAGGAAAUGUUGAAUGUCUGAACUUGCUCUUAAGUAGUGGUACUGACUUGAAUAAGAGGGACAAAAUGGGAAGGACACCGUUGCACUAUGCGGCUGCUAAUGGGAGGUACCAGUGCACUGUGACCCUGGUGAGCGCUGGCGCUGAGGUCAACGAGCCUGACCAGACAGGCUGUACUCCCCUGCACUACUCUGCCGCCUCACAAGCCUUCUGCAGAGUUGAUCGUCAUUUUUCUGGGAGCCAUCAGAGUGAUGAGGAUGAGGCAAAGGAGUCCUACUUCUGCUUGGAGCAUCUCUUGGACAAUGGUGCUGAUCCGUCGAUGGUAAACUCAAAGGGUUACAGUGCUGUUCACUAUGCAGCUUACCACGGCAACAAACAGAACCUGGAGCUGCUCCUGGAGAUGUCCUUUAAUGCACUAGGAGACAUAGAGAGCAGUAUUCCUGUCAGUCCGCUGCAUCUUGCUGCUGAUAAGGGCCACUGGCAGGCGUUGCGUGUACUGACAGAGACGGCAGCCUAUGUGGAUGUGCAGGAUGCUGCGGGGCGCUCUGUGCUCUACUUGGCUGCCCAGAGAGGCUACGCCCGCUGCGUGGAGGUCCUGUUGGCUCAGGGGGCCUCCUGUCUCCUCAAUGACAACCGCUCCAUGUGGACUCCAAUUCAUGUUGCAGCGGCCAAUGGUCACACAGACUGCCUGCUCAUGAUGAUUGAUUAUGGGGAGGAGGGGGAUCUCACCAAUGUCACGGACACAUUUGGCCAGACCCCUCUGAUGUUGGCUGUUUUGGGAGGUCACACUGACUGUGUCCACCUCCUGCUGGAGAAGGGUGCCUUGCCUGACGCGAAGGACAAGAGGGGCAGCACAGCUUUGCACAGAGGGGCUGUGUUGGGCCGUGAUGACUGUGUGACAGCCCUGCUGGAGCACAAAGCUUCUGCACUGUGUCGGGACGCCCAGGGUAGCACACCGCUGCACUACGCCGCAUCCAGAGGCCACACCGAAAUCCUGGCCAGUCUGGUACAGGCCGCCGUGGCCACUGACCCACAAGAUAAACUGCUGGACAACAAACAAUAUACCCCACUACACUGGGCUGCUUACAAAGGGCAUGAAGACUGUUUGGAGGUUUUACUUGAACAUAAAACACUUACCCAUGAAGAGGGAAACCCUUUCACCCCACUGCACUGUGCUCUGAUGAAUGGCCACAGUGGUGCUGCAGAGAGGCUGCUGGAAUGUGCAGGGGUCCACAUGAUUAACACCAGAGAUGCCAAAGGAAGGACCCCGCUCCAUGCUGCUGCGUUUGCUGAGGAUGUGGCAGGGCUUCAGCUGGUGCUUCGCCAUGGGGCAGAGAUCAAUGCAGUGGACAAAACUGGACGCUCUGCUUUGAUGGUUGCCGCAGACAAGGGACAGAGCGGCACCGUGGCCAUCCUUCUUCACAGAGCCAAGGCUGACCUGACACUGCUGGAUGACAACAGGAACACUGCCCUGCACCUGGCCUGCAGCAAGGCUCAUGAGAUGUGCGCCCUGCUGAUCUUGGGGGAAAUCCACAAUCCCACUCUGAUAAACGCCACCAACAAUGCACUGCAAAUGCCGCUCCAUCUUGCAGCGCGUAAUGGCCUGGCUACGGUGGUGCAGGCCCUGCUGAGUCGAGGAGCCACCGUGCUGGCUGUGGACGAGGAAGGCCACACCCCAGCCCUGGCCUGUGCUCCCAACAAGGACGUGGCUGACUGCCUGGCUCUGAUCCUCUCUACCAUGAAGCCUUUCCCCCAGCGGGACCCUUCCUCCUGCUCCUGCUCCUCUCCCACAGUCUCCCCCUCCCCAGGUCUCAACUUGCUGAAGCACUGCGGCAUCACUGCUGCCUGCGCCCCCCUGCCCAGCGGCGGCCUCCACAACGGCUACGUCAAAGACCGCCACGGUGCACCGGUUGGCCUGGACGGGUGCCUGUCUGAGUGAGGUUGUCUGCCCCCUCAGUCAGCUGCUAUCACCAUCAUCACCACCAGGGGGCGACUCCCUUUAACACGGCCCAGAGGACCAGGAGAGCACCCACCCACAUGUCUGUUCUCUAUGUAUGUAUGUGUUUGUGUGUCAGUGUGUGCGUGCGUGAGUGUUUGGUCUUCUCUUGAGGUGCAGUCAAACCUAAUAUGCAAUUAGAUCCCAUUCCUCCAUCUCCUAGUAGUGCUCAAUACUUAGAGGCUGGUUGCUCUACAAGGUCACUCAAAUGAAGUACGGCAUCCAGAAGGGAUGCUUGCAAUCUGGCCAUCCCCCAACCAUUGAACCCUUUAAACUCAUGUUGGCAUAAUUAUAUAACUGACAGCUAAUAGCAUGGAAACCUCUAUAUCUUUGUCUCUCUCUCUCUCUCUCUCUCUCUCUCUCUCUCUCUCUCUCUCUCUCUCUCCAUAUCAUUCAGUAUUUAAAGUCAUAUCAUCUUUGAUCAGUUGUGGUGACCUUGUAGAGGAAGGCACAGCCGUACCAAAAGAAUGAUCAAAGAGUUUUUUUGUUUGUUUGAUGUUCUUUUUCUUUGUUUUUGUUUGUUUUUGGGGUUGUUGAUUUUUUUUUUUUUUUUUUUUAAGUCCGUUAGCCUAGAUUUUUAUGAAGGAAUCAUACAAGGGAAAAAUCUAAAUUUUGCUUAAGAGUGCAAUGCUAGUGUACUACAGUACAAUCCGAAAUUUGGAAAAGGGUCACAAAGAUGUUAUUUCCAUAGUGUACUUUAAAUGUACGGCCUAGAAUUGUUUGGCAUUUUAACAAGAGAUAAUUUGGUAAUGCUGCUGAAUACAUAAAGCACGUCUCCCUACAGAGGAGGGCCAUGUUUGGGUUGGCAUUUUAAGAUCAAUUUGUUCUCAAUGCCAACUUCAUGUUUUAAAGAUGCUAAAUAAGUGUUUGUAAAGCUAGAAUGUUUCUAAGCAUAUAAGUUAUGACCAAAGUUGAUCAACACUACUAUGGCUAUAAAUUAUUUAUUUGAGAUGAACUGUACUGUAUAGAGAAAGACAAUAGAUCUUGAUAUACCUCGUCAACUCGUUUAGCAGCUGCUUCAUCUUCACCCAGGGUCCGUAGGCCUAACGUUCUCUCUCUGUAGGACUAGAGAACUAUUGUAGGAUAGUGACUGACUGAGGCCUUGUUUAUUUCUAGAUGAAGGCUUUACUAGUAAUAUCUGCCAACAACACCUCAUCAAAGCAUCGUAUAUCUGAGCACAUAAAUGAACAAGCCAUUUCAAUUUAUUUCCCAUCUCUUUACUUAAUGAACAGUGUUGGAUUUUUUUGUUUUGUUUGUUUUUUGUUUUUUUGUUUUUUUUGGCUAACGAUUUCACAAUUUGAAUGGCCUAAUUAUCAAAAGAGAGCAAUCAGUUUUGGUUUUUAGGCGCUUACAUAGUCCCAUUCUUUGUGUAUUUGAAGUCGAACCGGCCAUCAGCGUUGUGGUUUUUAACAAGCUCACACUAACUUGGGAGUGUUAAUUCGGAGCUGGUGAACUAGUCUUAAACACCUUAACAGCUUGUAUCUCAACUUUCUGGUGGUCAGCUCUGAUCAGUUUGAAAAGAUAGAGUAUUCUCUGCUAUUUUUGUUAGGUAGUUUUCAAGCAAUAUUUUCUUUUUGGCCUUUUUUUUAACCUUAUUGAAUAGACAAUCACUGUCACAAGGGCUUUUGUUUCCCUGGAAUGUUUUUUUGAUUUAAUUUUUUUUUUUUUUUUUUUUAUUAGUUCAUGAAAAAUUAUCUAAAGACUAAACGAAUGGCUGUGUGUGCCGGGCAUUUUACUGUCAGUGUCAACACAAAUGCACUGGAUUGCCUUUAUGGCAUCUCAUGAAAUGCCUUUUGACCCAUGCCUUCUGUAACACAUCAUUUCAGUUGGAAUGCUUUCUGGCAGAGUACGACAAGCCCUGAUGCUGAUUAUCUUUCCACCCAUUUGAUAGCUUAGCAACGGCAUUGAACCACAGUUACAACAGAGUAUCUAGUGGGGAAAAAACAUGUUUGACCGGCAUAAAAUACCUUAUGCGUCCUGGCAUCGUGAAUGACCAGGGAGAAUUUACAACUCUUUUGAAAGCAAAUAGGGCUAAGAGGAAAUGGAGAGGGAACUUCGCUUAGGCCAAUACCUGUUGUUUAGAUUUCAGGAAUAGCAAAAAUCCAAAUAAUUGUGCUUUUGGUGUUCCUUUUUGUUGUCUCUUCAUCCCAUGUCUGGUACUAAGCAUACUAAAGAUGAUUGUAUUGGACCACUAGAGCUUUUUUGUGACUUAAACAUGUUAUUACUAUGCCAUUCUGUCUUCUUAGGCCAUCUGCUGAUGGUUAAAUUACACUGAUUCAGAUCAUUUUCAUUGGCAUGAUAGUUUCAUAUCGACUCGUAAUGAAAUGGCACAAUUGCACGCUUUAGUUGAAGUUUGACUGGAUGAGAGAUGAGGACCUAGACUUGGCUAUGUCAUUAACUGCCCCUGCAAACAGUUUUUUCAUAUUAUUGUAUUUUACUGGAUAUUCUUAAGAUUGACAUUAACUCCAUUUCAGUGCAGUGAAUUCACUGCAUUAGUGUUUCACAAGCCUAGAUGUCUAAUUGGCAUUUCAAUUGAUCUCCCUAACUAAGUGUAUUGAAAUGGAACUAAUUGUAGACCCCCCAGCCCUUGUGCUCCUGGUCAAAUUGGUCUGUGGAGCAAAGGGAUUUGUAGAGUGAUUUUCUUUUCUUUUUUUUCAUGAUUUGUUUAAGGAAUAGGUACAUUUUGUAGUCUCAGGAUCUGUGUUGAAGCAGCAGGCAAAACGUACUAAUCAGAUCAGAGAUCUUAACAGGAAAAUCACCCAGUUUUUUUUUUUUCUUCCUUUCUUUCUGUUUGAUGGGAUGGUCCACAGUAUAUAGUUCCUUUUUAACCCUGAUCUCAUAGCACUUAAUUAGAUAGACAAGCACGCACUUUAGUACAUUCAGGUCCUAAGUGUGCAAAAUUGAGCAGAUGUAAUGUAUGUACUUAUGUUUACAUGCAUGUGUUUUGCUGCCGAAUACGAGAAAGUUGGGUUGCAAAAGACAAGCAAAGGCUGCAACAAAAUUGUACUCUAACAAUGCAUCAUUGACACAAAAAAAAGUGUAUCUAAGCACUUGGGGACAGUGUCCACUGCCCACUGACUUUUUGUGUUAUCUAUCUCUGGGCAACUAGUCCAGCAAAGUGAUGAAACUGCAUCACCCAGCCUGCUGUUAACAGAUCAGGCAAAAUCACUUCAGUUCAGCCCAGCGAUUUUUAACCAACACCUCAGGCUCUUCAGAAAGCCGACAUAUUCCCUCUACCAUCUGUAGGUGCUGUCAGACCGGUCGGUUCGGGCAGGGAUUUUUCUCUUGUGAUGUCCUUAUUUGACCAGUAAAUGGAGCCAUUCCCCCUGCAAAUACACAACUUGUAACUGAAUCCUUAUGUUGUAUCACAGUAUUCGUAUACAUGCUUUUUUAUUUGUGUGUACCAAUGGUAAAUGAGUGCUUGUGCAUGGAGCUAGAUCACAAUUUUGAUGUAAAAUGGAUCAAACAAAUGGAGCAUAUACAGUAUAUCUGGCGUCAGAAAUGGAAAGCAAUGAAAGGUCCAAUUGUAGCAAUAGAGAGUGUGUGUAAUAGUGUGCAGCACAAAAAUUGCACUGCCAUCCAUUUAGGCCAAUUCAGUAAAUCAUUGCAUAAAUGCCAAUGGAAGAUUUAAAUGCGGGUUAGAUGUGUGAAUCUUUGGUCACAAAUAAGGCCUACUUGCCAAAAUUUGUUAAGGGGGAAAACCUCUUAGUAAAGCAGCAAUGGAUUUAUGCAUAUGUUCAAGCAGUUUACAGUCUGACCUUCAAAUCUGAGCCAUGAAUUUACUGACUGAAAUGAAUGUAGGGUCAAUUUAGAGCAGGACAGUUUGCUUUCUCCUGACUUUAGACUAUUGCUCUUCAUUUGUCUUGCAUAGAUACAAUUAUACAGGUAGCACGAAAUAACCUAAUUCUCUACAUAUUAUUUGUGUAUUAGUCUUCCUGCAGCGAGGGUCUGGGUAGGUUUUUGGCAUUUCUGUUGGGAGUAUAGGCCUACUGUUGUGUAAUAUCUCUUUUUUUCUCUCUGUUUCUCUCUGUUAGUGUGGAGCGUAGCCUACAAGGUAAACAGAGAACAAGAGGUCAGAUGAAUUUAACGUUCAUGUUCAUCCAUUCCAUUGAGAUUGCCUUACAGUACAGUAAAACAAGAAAGACAAUAAAGGACUACAGUAGAUAUGAUCACACAUAAUCGUAAAUAGCCUAUAUUUGACAAAAAUGCACCUAAGCUACACCCAUUUAGUGCCAUAGAAACCUUUAUUUGCCUUUAGACAUAAAUCAAUUUACUUGGUCAGUAACUUAUUCAGAGUUAGUCAGGAUAACUACCAUUUUGUGUUUGGAGCUGCAUGUCUUCGCCAAUUAUAUUAGUCAAGAAAAAAAAAAAUCCAAAAAAAUAAAAAUAAAAAAUGUAGAAAACAUUUGCAUGGAAUAGUAGUCAUUAAAUACAAGUGUUCUGUUAGUUUGGUGUUGGUACAAAUCUAUUUUAUAAUUGGACACUUUGGAGAACAUAGUCAGUCCUUUUGGUAUUGGCAAAGCAAUCCCUAGGUCAUGGUUUGUAUAACAAGGUGGUUUAUAACGUGUGCGUGUGUGUGUGUGUUACCAGGAAAGAAAAAAAAAAGUUGAUGUCUGCAAAAGCAUGGUAUAUACAGUAAGGAAUUGAUUUGCCUCAAUGGAUGUCUCGGUUCUUACUUGAAGUUACGUUGAUACAUGGCAAAUUUCAAUUCAACUCUCUGAUCCACUGUUGAGCCUUUUGCCUUAAAAGCUGAAAAUGAAAUAAUAUCUGGCAGUACCUGAUAAGUUACAUCACCUGUAGAGUUAUGCUGCUUGGUUAGAUUGCGAAAACUUUUGGCUAAUUUUGAUCUCACAGACAUCCGUGGGUGUCGGGAAGCACACAAAUCAAUUGAGGUAGCACAUAGCUCAAGGUUGCCAUGGUGCAGAGAUUGUUGUGAGAGGUUAGGAUAUUGCCAUAUUUGCCACUGUGAAUGAAUUAUUCAGAAUUCACUGAUAAACAAUCAACUUUGGCUUGUCCACUAUCCAAAGCCAAAUAACACUGGGGAUUAAAGUGGUGUACCUCAAGAAAAGGAAAAAAAAAAAAACAGAGAGAAAGGAAAUUGUUUGGAGGAAAUUUGUCCGGCUAUGCUAACAAAGAGUUAAAAUCUUCUGAUCCAUCUUGUCAUGGGCAGUAUAACUCUGCUUAAACCAGCCUAAAUCAGAAAUGUGUCUACGCAGAAGUGUUAGAUAAGUGUCGGCAGAUGUCUAAUGUUUCCUACCUUACAAAGGGGCAGUAAACUGCACCUUGUACUUUUAUUGGACCUGCGGUUUUACCUCAUCAGUGAUCUUUUGUGUGACGAUGCUGACAUUAAUCCUCUGUGAUUUAUUCUUGUUUUUCCUGAUGCCAGUAGGUUAGAUUUCUCUCUUCUAGUGUGUGUGCGAGUGGUUUUCAAUAAAUGCAUGUUGAUCCUUUACAUGCACAAGUCCCUUGUACAGUACAGAAAAGCAUAGUAAUCCUAUUUCUCUUUGUUAUACACAGUCUAUUACCUGGUGCAAGUCAUAUAAGGGGUAAGGGUACAGUCCAAUUUAAAGUGGGAGAUGAAGGUAGCUAUAUAACUUUACCUCUACAAGUUAAAUCAGUACAUUUUUACUGUAUGACUAAUGCUAGUUUGACCGCCUUCCCCACCUGAACACUUGGUUAUUUAUUUCCCCCCACCAAAAGGACCUGUGUAAUAUCCAGCACAGUGGUGGCAUGGUGCCUUUUAUUUGUUACUACCGAAAGGUACGGUCUUCCAUUUGUAUUUCCCAGAAGCCUUAUAAUGGGAAAAAAAAGAAAUUAUAAUGAACGUAUAAGAUGACAGUAGAUAGGCUCAUAUUCCCUCUGAGCAUGAUUAUUCUCAACCCUAUGUGAGUUAGAAAAGCCUAAAUAAUUCCUCCUGUUAUAGUCUGCAUUUAUGAUGCAUUUUCCAGUGGCCGAGUGGUCCCUUAGGGUGGCAAAAUAACUGCACAUUUCACUGAUGCGAUUUUUGGGCACACCAAACAUUUGGAUGGGUGGGGAAACAAUAGAGUAUGAAAGCACAAAUCCAAAGAUGGCACCUCGGGGCUAAGAUGGCUCUCCCAACACCGUGGAGUUCAGGAGCCUAGGAAAAAUGUAGGCAUACAUGCGAGUGCAAACAUCCGACUCCUGAGUGCAGAAAACAUGAGGCUUGAUUGUCAGCAACACAUUAACUGUAGAAAGACAGUUGUCUCAAAUUCCAGAGCUUACUCAUUCUGAUUGUUCUUCUUUGGUAUUCAUAAUCGAUUUGUAACUUCAUGAUGCAGUCCAAGUUGUGAAAUCAUAUGGUACACGCAUACAAGAUAAAAGUGAUAACGUUUAGGCAAACUGUUUUGUCGUGACUGUGCUGCAAAUUGAUUGUGGAGAUUGUUUGUGUUCUUAGGGUAGACUGAUUUAAACGUAGGGUUGCAGUAGUAGCUGUGUGCAGUGUUAAUAACAGUGUGAUCAUACUAUAGAAGUGAUGUAACAUUUGUUGUCUUAUUACAGCAUUAAGGCAUGAAUCAUCUCUCAAGCUGACCUCGUUUAAAAUAGACAAAAGAUAAAAAGUGCAAUAACCUUUUGUUUAUCAUUGCUUCCUCAGUUGAAAUAUAUUAUUUAAUAUGCCCUUUCUGUUAACACCAAAAGUCACUCCUCUGCAGCCAACAGAGGAUUCAGACGGUCCUCUAGUUGGUGUUCAGAGAAGUGGCAUUUGAUAGUGGAGUGUGUGAUAUUCCAUUCUUAAAAAUACUGUGAUCGAUAAUUCAACUUUAAAAGCUGCCUGCUCAGAGAAAGGACCGUGCACAAGUCGAGUGAUAGAUUUGAGUAGGUGCAUUUUUUUUUCUUUUUUUUCCUUCUUCUUCUUCUGGAUGGGCUUUGGUGGUAUUGUACUUUGGACUUAGACCUAAUUCCUUGAAUUCUGGUUUAUAGCUGAUAGACAUGUUCAUUUGCAUGUGUAGAUGUAUAUGCAUCCUCUUCCUCCUUGAAUGAAAUGUUUUCUCAAAAAUAUUUAGACCUGCUGUCAGUGAAGUAUGCGGAUAAAAGGAAUUAUGAAAUGCCUUAUAAUAUAUUUGUUUUCAAUGUUAAGCAUUAAGGGUUCCUCUGUGUCCCUCCCUUUUCAGCGUGUAGCCUAAAGCUUGUACAGUCAAGAAACUCAUGAGAUUUAUAUCUACUGUAUAGCCUAUGUGUUCUCAGAAUUUGUUACUUGGAGGUCCUGUGAUUGUGGUUUUAGAGUAACAUUCCCCUUGAAAGUGCCGUUUGUUUUCACCAGCAGAGGAUGUGUCUGGGAAGGGAAAAAAAGUUAUUUGCAAGAAGGAAAAAAAAAACAUGAAAUGUUCAAAACACUUUUCCGACGUGUAUUGGUAAACUCUUAUUGAACUGAAUGACACAAGGUCUUUGUACAGGUGAACUAAGGCAGCAAUCUUCUGAUGGAGCACCUUAUCGACUUGCUCUUUCUGUGAGCCCACAGUGGAAGUAGUCUCACACUAAGCUUGAUUACUCUAAAGCAGAGCCAUAUCAGAGACAUUGCCCAUUAGGAGCCCCCUUGAAUGUGCUAUUAGGAAUAGCCUACCAUAGGAAAGGAUGUAUACUGCAUGUUCUGUGACAUUUUAUUAGUGUUAGUCCCCUUCAUGUUUUUAUGUUUACUCGGCUUCACAGUAGAUGUUGCCCCCUUAUUGCAACUCACUAGCUAUUAACAAUCCUCUUACAACUGGACUGAAGCAGGCAUUGAUCUGCUGCCGAGGCAGCCUUACUUCAUUGCAGAUUUAAAAAAAAAAAAAAAAAAAAAAAAAAAAAAGCAAACAAAAAAAUGUUUAAAAAAAUGACAACAUGUAAAGGGGUUGCCUGUUUUACUUUGUGUGGCUUAUCUGGGGAAAUACCAAGGAGCCCUUAUCGUGAGUGGAAGGACUCUGGAUCAGGGCAUGUGAUGAGUUACAAUCAAAUAGUUUCACAGUGCACCUUCACAAAAAAAGAAGUUGGCUUGUCCACCCAACAUUCCAAAGUUUUUCCUUUUUCCACAAUCCUGGCCCAUUGAUGAUAGAAAUUUCUUUUGCUUUGCUGGUGAAUGGAGUGGGCAUGUGUGUGUCAAUGACAGGGUUCCCUAUUUUAGCCUAACGCUGAUUACCUCAUUUACAAAUCUGCAAAUAUACUAUUCUACUGUGUGUAAAGGAGUCAAUGCCAUCACCAGCAGCAUGGUCUCUAGACCUGUGAUGACAACAGGACCAAUGAUCUUACUCUGUUGAAAUUAUCCAAUUUAAAAUAUGACCAGUCUACGAACAUAGGGCGAAGACUUCAAUGUCUGUAAGGCCAAGUGGGCCCUAUAAGAUUUCUUCAGCCGGUGAAUUCACCACAGUUGCUAUUGCCAGUCAGCUUUUCAGCAUCGGGAUAUUAUGAAAAGGCAGCGUCCAAUUUAAAAAGAAAAUCUCGCUGCUGGAUUUUUACCCUGAUCUUUAACAGUUUUGUGGAAUGGCUUAAUUUGACAAAAUCUGGACAAAUCAAUAUUCCACACAAUUUUAGACCCGCAGGGUGAAAGUCUGCUAUCAUAUCGGCGUCAGAGUUGCACUGCUCCUUAAAGGAUGGCGGGGAUAGCAGCUGUGGCACGCGCACGGCUGAAGAAAUCCAGCCGAAGCCUGAUGUAUAUUGGAAUUAUUUAAGCGAACGAUCAUGUUAGCAUCACUUGCUGUUUUCAGUAGCAUUUCUCCUACCUCUUUAUUUUGCAGCCUUGAGUAUUGUUUGUCUCUCCACCUGUUUUAACAUAAAUCUAUUCACAGUACGGGAAUUCAGAUUUAUCAUAAGCAAUGGUAGUUAUACAUAAUGAAGUGUGCUUGGUUGUGCUGUAUGUGUAUAUGUCUAUUUCACGUGAAAAAAAAAAGUUAUUUAUGAGAAGCAUUUAUACAACAAAAUACCACUGGAAUGUGAAGCCAGACAAUGUUAUGAUGCAGAUUAUGAUGAUCGUCUAUCCCCUUUAACAUUCAGUGAUGCAUGGCCAGAGGAAUCCUCUUUUGGAAACGAAAAACCAUACAUUGGCUUGUUUUUAUUAUUUUCUUUUAUUUUAAUUACCAUCUGUUUAGUUUCCUCUUGUGCGUGUAUAUUCCCUGUCGAGCCCUACAGUGUAUUUCAACGUUUACAGCUUCAUGUGUUCUGGGUCAGCCAUUGCCCUGCCAUUGGACUUGAUAUUACAGGUUGUCAUGACGGAAGAUGUGAGGUGGAUUUGUUAUUCUGUAUGAGGGUGAGUUUGAGCCCUUCAAGCCGUAUGCCUUCGAAUUCAUCUGUCCACUCCAAACCAAAAUUCUGCUACAUAGGUGUCUGUCUCCACACUGCCCCAUCACUUCACAUCUGAUUUGACUUACAAGGGGUACAGGACAAGGUGAAAGGUUUGAGGUUUUCUGACCAGGGCCCCCAUGCCUACUCUAGGACAGGACCAGCCCACUCCCCCUCACCCACUAUCUCACCUAAACCUCAAGCCAUUCAUUUCUUUUCUUUUCUUUUCUUUUUUUUCGACAAUGCAAUCCUGAAAGCACUUUGCCUUGUUAUUCCUUUGUGUGAACAUGUGAAUGAUAAUUUGUUACAAAAAUGUUAAAUAUGUAUAAGAUCAUUCACUGUUUUGGAAAAACCUGCAUCUGUCUUUCUGACGUUAAAAGAAAAAAAGAGAAUUUAGUGACAUUAAACCUGAAUCUAUUUUAUAAAAUGUUUGCUGCAGCCAAUUGGUCUUGUCAUUCAGUAUUGUGGCUUAGGGUUGUUUGUGUUCAAUAAAGUGCUAUUGCUAAA